CCCGGCCUCGGGAUAAACUGUCAUGAAUGCUCUGGACGUUUAAAAAUGCUACGUGGACGCGUACAUUUUUUGAAACAUUAAUGUGUUCCUCAUUCAGAAAUUGUUUUUCAAGGGAAACUGCAAACUAUGGUUCAGCAUGCAGCACUGGGCACAUCAAGGAAGGUAGCAGUCUAUCAGCAAAGCCUGUGAGACCUUAUAACAACAGAAGAUCUACUGUUUCUUCCGACACCUGAAAUCCAGAAGACCAAAAAGCACUCACUGCUCCUCAGGAGGAUUAUGUCAUUAUAGCUGACAACUUGAGCUCCUUCGGCAAACAACAGCUACGAGACAGAGUCCCUCCUGCUCUGCUUGCAUAGGCAGGAAUCAUGGAUGACCCCUAUCACAACAAUGUGAACCAGCAGAUGACUGAGGGCGGACAAUACACCUACACCCAAGAUGGAGGAGGUCAGGACGGCUACCCUUACCAAACUGACUACCCCCCACAGGAUGAGGAUGCUGCCAGUGAUGCCACAGAGGGGGCUGAUGAGGAUGAUCAGAUGUAUGAGGGGGAAUACCAGGGGAUCCCUCAUCCCGAUGAGAUCAAGGAGGCACGGCGAGCCGCCCGACUGGAGGCCAAGAGGAAAGCGCGUCAGGCUGCACAGCAGGAGGAGGAGGUGGAGGAAAGCCUGCCGGAGCAGUAUGAGACCAUCAUGGAGGACUGCGGCCACGGGCGCUUCCAGUGGAUGCUGUUCUUUGUGCUCGGCCUUGCGCUAAUGGCUGACGGUGUGGACGGCUUCGUGGUGGGCUUUGUCAUGCCCAGUGCUGAGAAAGAUAUGUGCAUUUCCAAUGCAGACAAAGGACUCUUGGGUCUGCUGGUCUACGUUUCCAUGAUGGUUGGUGCUUUGGUGUGGGGGGGUCUGUGUGAUAAGAUGGGGAGGAGGAAGUGUCUCAUCUAUGUCCUGACCAUCGACCUGGUCUUCUCCUUCCUGUCCUGCUUUGCUCAGGGAUACGGCUUCUUCGUCUUCCUACGCUUCUGCUCCGGCUUUGGAAUUGGUGGAUCCAUCCCCAUCGUUUACACGUACUUCACUGAGUUCCUGCAGAUGGAUAAACGUGGAGAACAUCUGAGCUGGCUCUGCAUGUUCUGGAUGCUGGGCGGCCUCUACGCCUCCUUCACUGCCUGGGGAAUCAUUCCUCACUAUGGCUGGGGCUUCGCCAUUGGCAGCCAGUUUCAGAUGCACAGCUGGAGACUGUUCAUGUUCGUGUGUCUCUUCCCUGCAUUGGCUGCACUCAUCGGAGUCGUCUUCAUGCCGGAGAGUCCACGUUUCCUGCUGGAGAAUGCAAGACAUGACGAGGCAUGGAUGAUCCUGAGGCAGGUUCAUGACACCAACUGGAAAGCCAAGGGGGAGCCAGAGAGGGUCUUCACGAUUACAAACAUUAAGACUCCACAAACCCAGGAGGACGAGUUCAUAGAGAUCCAGAGUGACACUGGAACUGCCUUCCAGCGCUGGACAGUCCGAAAAAUGACCAUGCUGCAGCAGGUGAUGGCCAAUGUGAUGUCUUUAUCUGCUCCGGAGCUCAGGCUGCAAGGCCUUUUCCUGGUCAUUGUGUGGUUCUGCAUGGCUUUCAGCUACCAUGGACUCGGGGUGUGGUUCCCUGAUAUGAUAAAGUACAUGCAGUAUGAGGAGUACCAGUCCAAGGUCAGAGUGUUUCACCGAGAACGCGUGGAGCGCUUCCACUUUAAUUUCUCCCUGGUCAACCAAGUCCACCGCGAGGGAGAGUACAUCCAUGACAAAUUUGCAAACAUCGAGAUUAAAUCGGUGAAGUUUGAGAAUUCACUCUUUGAGAACUGCUACUUUGAGGACAUCAAAUCAACCAACACAUUCUUCGAGAACUGCACCAUCAAAAACACCGUCUUCUACAACACAGACUUGUGGCAGGAAAAAUUCAAAAACUGUCAAAUGGAAAACACCACAUUCCUCCAUCCAAAGAAAGGCUGUCAUUUAAACUUCCAGGAGGAAAACGACAUAGUGAUCUAUCUGGUGAGCUUCCUGGGAAGUCUGGCUGUGCUUCCUGGAAACAUCAUCUCAGCACUUUUCAUGGACAAGAUAGGAAGGAUUCGAAUAAUAGGUGGUUCUAUGCUGGCGUCGUCGGCCUGUACCUUCCUGCUGCUCUUAAGCUUUAGUCAAGGAGCUGUAAUCUGUUGGCAGUGUCUUUUCUAUGCUGUCAGUGUGGCAGCAUGGAACGGGCUGGAAGUCAUCUCUGUGGAGCUUUACCCCUCCUCUAAAAGAGGGACAGCGUUUGGUAUCCUGAAUGGGAUCUGUAAGUUUGCAGCCAUCAUUGCCAGCUUCAUCUUUGCCGCCUUCAUCGGCAUCACCAAAAUUAUUCCCAUCUUCCUGGCCUUCGCCGCGCUGGUCUGUGGAGGCCUGGUAGCUCUAAAGCUGCCUGAAACCAGGGAGAAAAUCCUCUCCUGAACAGCCAAAGUUUGCGAUGUGUCCGACCUCCAGGCACAAACAGCAAAAUGGGAGGGGGGGCACUUAUUGGGGAAAGAUUAAGGCGCUAUUUUGUGUGAUUUGUAUCAAUGAGGUUAGAUUGUUUAAAGGAGUUAAAACCUGUAUGGUGGCCUACAUCAACCUUUGUUUUCUCUUAUAUGAGGACACUCCUCCGGCUGCCCAACGUCUCUGUCACAUCACAUCAGUCUAAUCUGUGUCAUCCUCUGUCAUCCAAUCUCUGUUCACACACAUCUGGUUUAAAAAAAUUAAAAAUGGUUAUUUAGUUCACGUUACCAAGUUGUGCUUUGGUUUUGUUCCCCCUUGAUUAAAGAGAGAGGACUUUUAUUACUAACUUGAAAUGGAUGAGACUCAUUGCUAAGCUGCAGCAGCAAUAUAACAUAUUACAGUCAUCAUUCCCCCAUGUUUAAUCAGAUCAGUUCUGUGGUGUCUAUAGUUGGUUCUUCCUGUUUGUUCUCUUUUAGGUAAAAACAUCUCAUUUAAUUUUCUAGCAGUGACUGAUUUUAAACCCCCUUAAGUUUUCCCGGCUGAUGCAUAUCCAACCAGCACCCAGUAAUGUGACUCUGAUGAGAUGUUCUGUUUGUCGCCCGUUUGUAGAGCUGUGUUUUAUCUGUGUCGUUUUUGUAGUUGCAGGGUCUUUAUCCGUCACAUCUUGCCAUGAAAAAAUGUAAGGAAUUGUCUUUUUUUUUGUCUUUUUCUAAAGAAAGCGUGAUAGAACAAUGCAAAACUGUAAGAUUGGUUGUUUUCAUUUUGACGCUCUCAUUUCACACUCUGAUGAAAAACUAAUUUUGCAAAAGUUUGUGCAUUUCUGACAACGUGUCAAGAUGUUUUUGGGGAGCAUUAUCUUUAUUUGGUAUAACUGACCUAUGUGUGUGAGCUUGUGUUUGUGUGUGGGAGAGAGACUGUGUAUGUCUGGCUAGUAUCAACAUGUCUCUGAGUCUACCAUUAUUGUAUUUGCUGUUGUACAUAUAGACCUGUGUAAAUUAGAUAUACUAUAGUAGUUGUAUCUUGACUUGAAUAAAGA